AUGCUAUGGUAUGAGGCCUUGGAUGGGGUGCUGCUUGGGGCUGGAUGGAAGAAGAGCCAAGUGGAUGAGGCUCUGUACUUCAAGAGUGAUGCUGAGGGGGAGAUGUGCUGGCUGCUGGUGUAUGUGGAUGACUUGCUUGCUGCCAGCCGCAGUCAGAUCAUGCUAGGGGAGCUGCGUGACCUGCUGCAGAGUGCGUUUCAGCUGCGGGAGAUUAGCCCUGUGGAGAAGUAUCUGGGGUUGCAGCUGAUUCGGGACAGGCCUACGAGGAGGCUGUGGCUGCACCAGGGGGCCUAUGUGGACAAGGUCCAUAGGCGCUUCUUUGACGGGGAGCAGCCGCUGCGAGUGCCUCGCACCCCUCUUUCCUCUGACCCUUUCAGUGUGCAGACCUUCGAGGACGUGGGAUGGCAGUCUCGCCAGGAGGAGGAGUACAGGCAGAAGGUGGGAUCCUUGCAGUUCGCAGCCUGUACCACCCGUCCCGACAUCUCGUUCGCCUGCAGCAAGCUGGGGUCGGGCCAGACUGUGCGGAGUGAUCAGCACUGGAAGGAGUUGGACCGGUGCUUGGCGUACUUGGUGGGGAGCAGGGAUGUGGCGCUGGAGUUUGGUGGUGGGCCGGAGUCCUUGGAGCUGGUGGGCUACGCCGAUGCUGAUGAUGCAGGGGACAAGCAGAACAGGACUAGCACUGGUGGCUAUGUCUUCGUGCUCGGAGUCUGA